AUGGUCGAUAAGAAAUUGAAAACAUUGAAUGUGGUGUUGUUUGGUUUGUUUUGCUACUAAGAAAAUCCUUUUGCUGGAUAAACCCGUGAAGGGCGGAAUUUCCCUCCGAAUGGCAACCGACGUCAUGGUUGCCACCGUCACCACCAGCGUCAUCUGCCUCAAAGGAUAGUCCGCACUGUGAUGCAGGCUGUCGCGUUAGGUUCGCUUGCGUAUAAAGGUACCUCACAGUCGCGCCUGUGUCGUGUAGAUGCAGUGUUUGCAGAACCUCAGCGUGUGUGUGCAAAGAUGAAGGCAGCCCUGCUCGUAACGUUGGCCGUGGUGGCGGCCGCCAGUGCCGAAUGGAUCGACAUUGACUGGUCGCGAGUGAAGCCGAUCGACCAGUUCGACCACUACUGGCAGCGUCUGCCGGCGGAGCUACAGUUCCUGCGCCAUGCGCGGCCCUCGCAGCGCAUCGUCAACGGGCAGGAGGCGGUGCCCGGCCAGUUCCCGUACCAGAUUGCGCUGCUGAGCAACUUUGCUGCGGGCGGGGGCCUGUGCGGUGGCACCAUCAUCACGAACACCUUCAUCCUGACGGCCGCCCACUGUGUGGUGGAUGGGGCCGGUGCUCUCGCCACCGAUGGUACGGCCAUCCUGGGCGCCCACAACCGGACCGCCACCGAACCGACCCAGCAGCGCAUCGGCUUCGUGCGCGAGGGAGUGUUUGUGCAUCCGAGCUACAGUGCGACGCUGAUCCGGAACGACAUUGCGACGGUGCGCCUGAACUCGCCCGCCGUCUUUAAUGAGCGCGUGCAGCCGAUCGAGCUGCCGGCCCGGUCGGACAGUCGUACGUUCGCUGGCAUGAUUGGAACCGCUUCCGGGUUUGGGCGCACGUCGGAUGCGCUGCCGGGCGCGUCGCAUGUGGUCAUGUACACGAGCAACCCGGUCAUGACGAAUGCGGACUGUGUCAGCGCCUGGAACAUCAUCCUCGUGUCGGACCAGAACGUAUGUCUGGAUGCUACUGGUGGCCGGUCGGUGUGCAACGGUGACUCCGGGGGACCGCUGACCGUGCAGGACGGGGGCGAAAGUCUGGAGAUCGGUAUCGCUUCGUUCGUGUCGGCGCAGGGUUGCGCCUCGGGCAUUCCGUCCGUGUGGGUGCGCAUCUCCUUCUAUCGCGAUUUUAUCGAGCAAAACUCGGACUACGUGUUCCGUGCGUAAAUCCGGGAAGGAAGCUGCCAAGUCCAUUUCGUUGUAAAUACAGUAGUGUAGUAGGCUAUGACAACCAAACAGUGGUUUUGCCUCAGCAGAAUUUCGCUUCCUAGGCAUAGUAGCCUACGCCGUCUUUUGUAAUAAAUUACUUCAUAGUUGUUGGAUAUCACAAUACACAUGUACAACCAUAUAGAAUGGUCAGUUGGAAUAAAGCUAUUAAUGUGAACAAAUUGUA